AUGACAGACGUCGAAGACUUUGCUCAGCUCUUACAAAAGCUUCAGAAUUCGAGCCCUGCACUUCCAGAAGGAACGUCUUCUACUCCGACGCCUUCUUCCUCAACUGGACUCCUUCCAAAUGGAAAGAAGACCAAAGGGCGUGUUAAGAUCAAGAUGGAAUACAUCAAUAACAAACUUCGCCGAUACACUACUUUCAGCAAAAGGAAAACGGGAAUUAUGAAGAAAGCUUUCGAAUUAUCAACACUCACGGGUACUCAAGUCAUGCUUCUAGUCGCAUCUGAAACUGGUCACGUCUACACAUAUGCAACCAAAAAACUCCAACCAAUGAUUUCAUCUGAACCCGGAAAGGCUAUGAUCCAAUCGUGUCUGAAUGCUCCUGGCGACGAGGGAUCCGAUGUUCAACCCAGCCGAACGGAAUUCACUUUCGAUUCUGGUAACGGUGGAAAUGGAAUGCGUAAACGGAAGAUGUUGAACGAUGCGAUGUCAGCCGAGUCGAGCAACAACAGCCCAUCGAUGGGUGGUUUCUCUCCAUUCUUGCCAUCAAUGGCUCCGCUGUUCUCUUCAUUCGGUGAGGACGACUACAAUAAUACCGAGAGUGGAGAUGAUUCGGAUUCUGAGGAAGCUGCUAGUGAUAUCAAAGAGGAGGAUCAGGGAUCACCAACAAUGAUCAAGCAAGAAAUGAUUGAGACGGACAGUGUUACGGCUUCUCUUCAGCAGACGAUAAAAGAGGCAAUGAAACAAGCAGCCUCGAAUAGACAGGCACUCAAAAAGACCAAGGUUUCAUCUUCACCCACGAAUCAAAAAUUCAUCAAUCCGUUCCUUCUCCAAGGCGGUGCCAAUGCGGCAAACUUCCUCGCAGCUGCUGCCAAACAAGGCGAUGAUGCCACCAACCACUUUCUAUCACAAUUGAACUUUCAGCAACUGAUCGAAUCGGCUGGACUUGCCUCUUUAAGUGAAUAA